AGAAGACGGUCAUAACUUCUGCUUCUUAGAGAGACAGUCACACAACUUCAAGGUCCCGGCUACCAUGUCCGUCUUCCUCGUUAUCGCUUUCCUAUCUUUGAGCGUGGGAAAAUCUGGAGGGGCCAUCAAACCUGUGGUGACCUUCACACCCAACUGGGGGAAUAUAUUGCAAGCUGAUAAAGUGACUCUAACAUGUGAUGUGCCGUCUACUGUACCAGAGGAGCCCCGGACCUAUCAGUGGUACAAAGAUAACCAACCAAUACCAGGAGAGCAACAGAGACUUCAUAUCAUUGAAUCUUCAAGAGAGGCGUACAGUGGAGAUUACCAGUGUCAGACCAUCGGUGGUGAUAUCAGUGAUCCCGUCUUCCUAAAUGUUACAAUAAAUUUUGUCAUCCUGCAGAGACCCCCAUCUGCCAUCUAUGAAGGAGACCCCCUGACUCUGAGAUGUCAUCAUAUAAAAGAUUUUCAUGCAAUAAACACAAAAUUCUACAAGGAUGAUCAGGAGAUAAAAUCAUCAGAAUCUGACUCCACAUUCCAUAUUCCUAAUAUAACGAGGAGUCAGUCUGGACUCUACAAAUGUACUAAACGAAUACAACGUUAUGAUAGUUCUAAAGGACAAACGCACUCAGAUUGCUCCUUUAUCUCUGUGAGAGAAAAAAAAUUACCUAUAAAAUUGGAAGUAAUCGUUGCGGCUGUAAUCGGGAGUCUGGUGGUCAUUGUCCUCUCUGCUGUUCUUAUCUGGAAAUGUAAAAAAAGAAAACGUUUUUUAGAGCCUCAUCAAGCAAUAUCUACAAUAGAAAUCACAAAUAAACCUCCAGAAAAUAACACAGACCCCGAUCCACAAGAUGUCUGCUACACCUACCUAGAUAUAAGUCAACUUCCCAAAGGUAAUAGAAUUAAACAAGAGGAUCUGACUGUUACAUACGCUACUGUGAAUAAUGUGAAUACCUAAGAAAGGAUACCGGACCCGGGAUGGAUGAUACCAAACGCUGCACAUUUCCACAGAUGAAAUUGGUGGUUCCUGUGAGGUCCUAAACCCUAAAGACCAACAAGAAGGAAAAAAAAAAUACCUCUAUCAAAGAUUAUAUUAGGCAAUAACUCAGCUUUAAAUUCAGAGCUUUUUGAACUUUUGUAAAUGAUGGUUUGGCUGUAAAUAAAUAAACACUGUGAGCAAUAAGGUGAAUAAAAAUGGGCAAGCAAAGCCUUUAAAGGA